CAUCGUUUGAAAUUGAAGUUUAGUUCGCGAACCCGAUUUUAAAUCAGAUUUACACGCAUUAUUUACCUUAGUCCGGUCAUAGAAUUCGUAUAUAUUGUAAUUAUCAUCGUACUGAAAAAGUUAGUGACUUUCAAACACUCUUAGAUGUUGACUUUGGCUGUAUUUUAAAGCGACAGGAUGUAAACAACGAUCUGUAAAUAAGCUCAGAAGCUGCCAUACUUCUUGUUUACGCAAUACAUCAGUUUAUUAUGCAUAAAUAUAUACAUAUAUUGCACUUUAAAAUACUACAGGCAUGUUCUGCGCUACUCUGAGUUAGUUUAGGGAGGAAAUCACAAGACUGUAGAGACAUUUGUUAUAGUAAAUAUGUCUGUGAGUCUCACACCAGAACAGCAGAGAAGGAUUGAAGAGAACAGACAGCGAGCUCUUGCCAGAAGAGCCGAGAAACUGGCACAUGUGUCUGCCCAAAACAACCCCGCACAGUCCGUCUCUGGUGUGCCAUGUAUCACAGGUGGGCAGGCGAAGAACAGCCAGGUGUUGGCAUCUGAUCGGGCACAUCCAGGUGUAAGGCAGGCUCAACUCAUAGAGACUAAAGGAACAAAGACUGCACCUUCGACUUCCAACACUGCUACUGCAGCCUGCAGCUUUUAUGGCCAGGUUGGCAAACCUCCCACAGGAGAAAAGAGGCCAUCUAAAGCCUCUGAACCCAGUGGAAAUGUUCCUGCUAAGAAAGCACAGGUGACCAUUAAGGGGCGAUGCAUGCCGCACUCGGACAAUCGGUUCAGAGUGGAGGUCGGCUACCACGCAGAUCUCAUCAUGGUGUUCAAAAGUAUACCGUCCAAGAACUACGAUCCUGCAACAAAGAUGUGGAACUUCAGUCUGGAGGACUAUCAGAUGCUGAUGGAGCAGGCUGCGAGUUUCCCCUCUGUCACUCUGAAACCUCUGGAAGGAAUGGAAGGGCUGAAUAUUGCAGCAUCCACAAGUCGGCCCAAAGAUGCAGCAGCCCUGGCAGCACUGAUGAGGCUCUGUCAGGGUUGGCAGAAACCAGGUGCCAUUAUCAAAGGGAAGUGUAUUCUAGUAUCUCGCACUCGGCUGGAGGUGGAUAUCGGAUACCACGCUGAUGUUAUUGGAAUCUUCAAGCAAAUGCCAUCCAAAUGUUAUGACAUGAAGACCAGAAAGUGGAGUUUCCUGCUUGAGGACUACGGCAAGCUGAUGUUUGGUCUGAGUGAGCUGCCUGCGGUGGAGACUGAACCUCUUCCACAAGCUGUGCUGCAAUCCUUCGCCACCCAGUUCGAGAAGACCGAGUCUAAACCUGCGGUUCCUCCUGAAGCUGACCUCUCCAGCAUAGAUCCACAGCUCACCCGCAGCCUUAUGCCCUUCCAGAGAGACGGAGUCAAUUUUGCAGUGUCCAGAGACGGCCGGCUGCUGCUGGCUGAUGACAUGGGUCUGGGGAAGACUCUCCAGGCCAUCUGUAUAGCUGCAUACUACAGGAGUGAGUGGCCUCUGCUUGUGGUCGCCCCCUCCUCUGUGCGCUUCACAUGGGCCGAGGCUUUCCAUCGAUGGCUGCCCUCCGUAAGGGCUGACAGCAUUAAUGUGGUCGUUAAAGGCAAAGACAACCUGCGCUCUGGUCUGAUCAACAUCAUCAGCUACGAUCUGCUCGGCAAGAUGGACAAACAGCAGCCCAACUCGUUCAAUGUGAUCAUUAUGGACGAGUCUCACUUCCUGAAGAACAUGAAAACGGCUCGCUGUCGGGCUGCUCUUCCUCUGCUGAAGACUGCUAAGCGAGUGAUCCUGUUGUCUGGAACGCCAGCCAUGUCCAGACCUGCAGAGCUCUACACACAGAUUCAAGCUGUGAGACAUUCGCUGUUUCCACGCUUCCAUGACUUCGGGACACGUUUCUGCGAUGCCAAGCAGUUGCAGUGGGGGUGGGACUACUCCGGUUCCUCUAAUCUGGGUGAACUGAAGAUUCUUCUAGAAGAAUCUCUGAUGCUGAGACGCCUCAAAUCAGAGGUGCUCUCUCAGCUUCCCGCCAAACAGCGCAAGGUGGUUACCGUGACGACAGAUGGCAUCAACUCCCGCACUAAAGCUGCCCUCAGUGCCGCCGCUAAAGAGCUCGCCAAAGGAUGCCACAACGAGAAGCAAGCUCUGCUGGUCUUCUACAACCACACAGCGGAGGCCAAGAUCAGAGCCAUCACGGAGUACAUCUCAGACAUGUUGGAGUGUGGCCGAGAGAAGUUUCUGGUUUUUGCACAUCACAAACUGGUGUUGGACAGUGUGACCAAAGAACUUGCUGAGAAGGGCAUCAAUUAUAUUCGUAUCGAUGGCUCAACGGCAUCUGCAGAGCGACAGCAACUGUGUGAGAGAUUCCAGUUGUCACAGAAGACCUGUGUGGCCGUUCUCUCCAUCACAGCCGCUAACAUGGGGCUCACGUUGCACUCUGCCGACCUCGUGGUGUUCGCAGAACUUUUCUGGAACCCUGGAGUCUUGAUUCAGGCAGAGGACAGAGUGCACCGGAUUGGACAGACCAGUAACGUCAACAUUCAUUACCUGGUUGCCAAAGGCACUGCGGAUGAUUACUUGUGGCCCAUGAUACAGGAGAAAAUGAAUGUCCUGGAGCAGGUUGGGUUGUCUGAAGCAAAUAUUUCAGACAAGGCAGAGUCGGCCAGCUUCCACAGCAAGGACCCUAAACAGCAGACAAUCACCGAAAUGUUCCAGAGGUCCUUCAGUGAGGAGGACAUGAAUGAAGCAGAUCUUCUGGAGGCUGUGAGUGAAUGGACAGGUGACUGAGUGGUUCAUGCAGUCACUAGCUAGAUAAAAAACGUAUAAUGGCUUUCUUUAGCAGCUCCAUGAUGAUCAGGAUGAACAUUUAAAAAAAAGUGGUUUAUUCCAUUUUAAGUUGUAUUUCUUUUUCUUUUUUUGCUAAUCACUGAAUGAACGUUACAUGGAUUUGCCAAAUGCAUCACAUAUUUGUAUGUGACAAAAUGUAAAGUAAUAAAACUGUCCUUGUAUUUGU